CCGGCGCACACCCACACACUUUGAACUGCGUCCCUAGCCUGCCUUAGCAGCCAUCUUGACUCGAAUCGACCUUAUUCUCGACUAUUCUCGACGUCUUCCAUACCCAGGGCCGACUCUCUCAUCUGUCAUCAUGGCGAACUGGCAACAGCUCAACCCCUUCAGCAAGAGGGAGUCUCACUCAAACGGAGCUAUUCUCACGUACAAGAUCCUGACUCUCCUCACCUGGAUCCUGUCCCUCGUCGUCACCGUUUACUACACCGUCCGCCGUCCCGAAGAUGGCCACACGAGAAACAGAACGAUCUGGGAGCAGAACCACAUGUACCCCACUGCUUUCAGCCUGAACUCUACCAUCACCUCCAUCUACUGGAUUGUCCUCUUUUUCCUCCAGGCUGGUUACAUUGGCCACCUCUUCUCGAGCAACUCGGAUAUUGUUCACGCUGCCGCCAGCGUUGGAAGCCACUUCAUCUUCAACAACCUCUUCCACUUCGCCUUUGUCAUGCUCUUUGUCCGAUCUCACUUCCACUGGGCCGAGGUCAUCUUGAUUCUGAACUUCAUUAACCUUUCUUCGCUCUACUUCCGCCACAACACCUAUCCUCGAUUCAUCCACACCCCGGUUGCUUCUGGACCUCUGGCCUGGACCUUUGUUGCCAUCUACUGGAAUGGCGCUCUGAUGAUUCCUCACCCCCACCAUCUGGUGCCCCGCAUCUUCGGAAACAUCUUCAUUUGGGCCAUUCUCGCCUAUGGACUGUUCUUCAUCAUCAUCUACAAGGAUUACACCAUGGGCUUCUCGCUCAGUGUUCUUUCCGCGGCCAUUGGUGUUUCGCAAUUCCUUGACAAGGUCAUUGCUUUCCAGUGGAUUUUCGCUUUCAUCAUCAUGGCUCUUCUCUUCAUCGCAACUGUCAUUGUCGCAGUCCCCGCCUGGACUGGCAGAGAGAUUAGCUGGCGAUCUGCACCUGCUGACCAAGAGCGCGCUCCUCUCCUUGCUGAGAACUAAGCGCCCGGUAUAAUCAAGAGAGCGGUGACUUGUCUCUAGAUACCCAGCGGUUAUUCUCGGUCAGCAUGGUAUUUUCAGGUUGGAUUGGUGGCCAUGAUUUGUCUUGCGUCUCUUAACCUCCCGUUAUUCGCAAUUCGAGCCCAUCGGACGUGGAGUUGGGAAGGCAUGGCGUUGUAUAUUUGCCGAAACGUUGUUAAUUAUUUGCACGUUCAUUACAGGCGCUCAGUCACCUCGGUAAUUAGGUAGUAAUUGAAGGAUCCCGACAGACAAACUCACGCGGUGUCACCAAG